AUGGCAGGAGCUGUGACUGAGCCUAGUGUGGACAAAUUUAAUCAUGAAGCAGCAGAUGAUGACACUCUAAUACUAGAAGGGGAAGAAGGUGGUGAUGCUGACAUUCGUUCUGGCUCUCCAACUGCAAUCAAAAAGAAAAAGAAGAAGAAAAAGAAAGGUAGGUCUGGGUUUGACCUUAGGAUGAAAUGGCAGAAUUUAGAGAAAGUAGUGGACCAGGCCUUCAACAGUAUGUUUUACAGAUCUAGUGCAGGCGCCACGGAGAAUGCCGCAUCCAUGUCUCCAGGUGGGUCUUACUACUCGGAUGCAAAUGGAACGCCGAACCUAACCCCCUUUCUUUCAUAUCAACUAGCAGAAUCUGUACCACUUUCCAUCGAUCCAGACCUUCAAUACCUUGACUCCAUCAUUAGCGGCUUUGAAAAAUCAGCCAGCAAGAGCACACUGUCUGCACUGAAUGGGCUGGCUGUAAUGGUCAAUUCAGGAUCCCCUUCUCCACAUGGAUCGUCAGCUUUUCAAGAGGAUAUGAUUACCUUUGAGCUGAGAAACAACUUCCAGCAAGUUAUACCCACAACUGCCUUGAAGUCACACGGGACUGAUUAUUUUGGGAAUGAUUUGUCGCCAAUGCCUGUGCGUGUGGACUUUUCCCCUGAAGAACAGCACAAUCACUUUCCUCUUGGAGAGGAGAACGGAGGAGGAAUGAGGAUGGAAGCUGAACAGCUGAGGAAAUGGCAUACUAAGUCACAGUCACCCCAAGAUGAUGUGAAAACCAAACAGGCUAGAAACAGACUAUCGGCCAAAAAAUACAGGCAAAAAUAUAAACUCAAGCAGCAGAAGAAGGCAGAGGAAUUGGAGAAGGAGAUAAGGAAAAACCGGCAGCUCCAGCAGAAGAAAUAUGAGAUGAAAAGGGUCCUUAACUGGCUCAGGCCCUUUACCAUGCAAGUGGUUGUCUCCAAAUAUCACUGCAGACAGCCACAGUUCUGCUAUGUCCUUCAAGAUUCUGUUUCCCAUUUUCAUCCCUCAUAGAGAAUCCUGUAUGUUCUCAUUCUGUUGCAACACUUGAAAUUCUCCAUGAACAUAGUAUGUAUAUACCCAACAUUUUUCAUUGACUCACACACCAGUUCAGAUUCGCAGCACAUCAAUUAUGUUACUCUAUUAGAUAGUGAUGCAGGGUACAGUCACAAAAUAAAAUUUCCCAUUCAGAAAUAGAAAAAUUAAAUCUAUCAUCCUUGGAGUUUGAGUCAUUGAAAGAACUUCAACAUAACCAAGGGGAAGUGGGGGAGGGCAGAGGAAUGAAGCAAAAUUUUUAGCAGCAAUGAAAUCAUGAGAAGUAAGGAUGGGUUCAUUGUGAGGUUUUAUUUCCAUGACUCUAAAUGGCAUUACCGUCUGAUCUUUUAUAGCACUUGAACAAAAUUUCAACAAUUACCUGAUAUAUCUCAAACUUGUGGUCAUGGGGUUCUCUAAGUUCCAUGUGUAUUAUUUUGGCAUGUUUAUUCUUUUCUUUUAGUAUUAAAACUGCAGCUUAAAUUAUUUUUUACUCUAUUAGACAUUCAAAAAAGCCUACAAAGGUUUGAGAGAAUGACCAAAGAAGCCAGGUUCUGUGUGAAAAUUGCAAAGAAACUCUUGUUGGUUGUGAUCAAGUUAAGGGAGAUGAAGCCAUGUCUGGUGGAUGCAAUUUUGAGAGUCAUGAAAGGUUCAAGAUGGCCACAACCAGAUGAUGCAAGAAGGGGCUGUGCCUCAGGUACUUGAGGAGAUAAAAAUGUUGCUCUCAUUGAUAAGCUAAUCAAGAGCAACUCUCAAAUCACAAUUGGAGCCUUUGCAGAACUGGGAAUCUCCUCUAUAAAGAAUUUUGAAAAUAGGACUGAAGAUCUCCAAUAUAGCAAAGUUUGUGCAUGCUUCAUUCCUCUGUGGCUCUCUGAAGAGCAUAAUUGUGGCAGGUUAAUGAAUUGUUUAUUGUAGAAAGCAACUUUGAGGUAUUUGGGUGAAAUAAAAUUCUGAUUCAAGUCA